CUAGCAGCCCAGCCACCAGUGAUGUGCAGUGCAGAGACGCUACAGUCUCUGCAGGAUGGACGAGUCCUCAGAUAGCCUUACACGUAAUAUUCCACAUAUUAAUUCACAGAUAUAUUUUAAUUAAUGGGAUUAAGAGAAAAGCCUUUGGGAUUUGAAACGGUGUGCCCGCGUCCAGUAAGAGAACCUGAAUAAAAGGUAACGUUCAAGGAUCCGCAAUGGGGGAGUUUGAGAGCAGUCCCCUGGGCCGGGUCACAGUCUACUCAAUCCAGGGUUGCCCCCACUGCAUCCAGGCCAAGGCCACCCUGGGGCGUCUGGGUGUGCCGGUAUGCGACGUGGACGUGGGCAGGCACCCGGAGCUGAGGGCCAGGGUGAAGGAGCUGACAGGACGCAGCACAGUUCCUCAGAUCUUCUUCAACAACAUUCACGUUGGGGGCAAUGAUGACCUGCAAAAGCUGGCUCCUGAGGAGCUUCAGAGGUUGGUGAGUCUGGUGAAGGAACAGCCUCUUCCAGCAGACGCUCCGCCGCUGCCCGAGGAGAACCAGGCAGAGGAUGCAGCUGGGGAUGCUGAUGGAGAGUUUGAAUGUGAGAGGGACGAGUUGGCAGACGUGGUAGAUGACCUCAAACGGGCCAGUGUGAUUGGCUGCAAUAGGAGGGGGCUGAGUACAUACAAACAGAGCUUCUCAGGCACUCAGCUGGUUGGCUGGUUGCAGAAAGAGAAGGGCAUGGCCAGGGCUCAGGCCUGUGAGACUGGCCGGGCGUUGUUGCAGAAGAAGUACAUGGUCAGUGUGAGUGGCUCUGGGCAGCAGGACGGACAUUUUGGAGAGGGGAAAGACACUGGUGACACACUGUACAGGCUGCUGGAGCAUGACCCCCACUCAGCCCUCAACGCAGGACAGACGGCAGCCUGCACCCCCCUCAAGGCUGCUGAGCUGUCUGCUCUUUUGAGGGAGAUGAUUCUGAAAUUGUUCUCUGAGCAUCUCUCUGCUGAUGGCAAGUGUGUGGACUACAAGAGCAUGUCAGUGAGCCCGGUGUUUGAGCGCUACUGUGAGCUGGCCAUUCAGCUGCAGCGGGUGGAGCUGCUGACGCUGAGCCGGGAGGAGAAGCUGGCCUUCUUCAUCAACAUCUACAAUGCCUUGGUCAUCCAUGGCUACCUCCGCCUGGGGGCCCCCACCAACAUGUGGCAGAGAUACCGGUUCUUCAACUAUGUGAGCUACCUGAUCGGAGGAGAGGUGUUCACACUGCAGGACAUUGAGAACGGUGUUCUGAGAGGGAACAGAAAAGGCGUCGCACAGCUUCUGAAGCCCUUCUCCAAGACAGACCCGCGGUUACAGGUGGCUCUCCCAGAUGCGGAGCCCCUCAUUCAUUUUGCUCUGAACUGUGGUGCAAAGGGCUGCCCGCCAAUCAAAACCUACACUCCACAGGACAUCGACAGCCAGCUCCGCACGGCAGCUGAGGCCUUCCUGGAGAACGACGACGGCUGCAUGGUGGAUUCCGGGAAAAGAGAAGUGCGACUCAGCCAGAUAUUCAAGUGGUACAAGGCUGACUUUGGCGGCACCGACGAAAAGCUGUUGAACUGGGUGCUGGAGCACAUGGGCGACUCGCCUAAGAAGACCAGCCUGCAGAGUGUCCUCUCAGCUGGGAAGACCAAAGUCAGCUACCUCCCUUACGACUGGAGCACCAACAGCACCCACUGAGACACGACGCAUGCACGUGUGCACAUGCGCACACACAAGCCCACUUGCACGCAGCCUCUUUCCACAGCUUUCCUCACAUGUUUAUCAGGCUGCAUCUCCUGCAGUUUAAAACCGGAGGCUUGAUGACAGGGCUUCCUGAAUACAGCGCACCGGCCUUCAACCGGGCAAAGGCUUUUAUGCAAAUCAAGCGCACUGUUUUGCUUAUCAGUGGUGAGAGGGGAGAGCAUUGUGCUAUCAAAUCUAACAUCUCUCAUGGGCUUAUGCUACUUAAAAGGACUGCUUGUAAGCUCCAGCCUUUCAUUUCGGAAGAAAAUACAGCUGUAGCGCAUUCAAGGGCUUUUGAUGAAGUGGUAACAAUAUAUUUUAUUUUAGAAAUCAAGCAGGACAGAACUACUUUGUGUUCCAGUGAUAGGAGGAAGAAUAUAAAACACACAUUAGGCAUGUUGUUUGCUCUUUUCAUUAAUAUAUUAGCCAAAUAUUGUUAUAUAUGCAACUAAAAGUUAAGCAGAGACUGAAAAUAACAAUUAUUUACACAAAGCUAAAUAAUAAUACAGCUAUGGCAUUACAAAUACACUGCUUUUGCUAUCAACACAGCUUCCAUGCUCUCCACUUCCUAAAUGUGGCAUUGCAGCGACUCUGGAAUCAGUGGAAAUCCAGACUUUCACAGUCCAGACUAACACUUCCUCGCUGGGUGGUUCAUGUGCGCCGGCGAUAUUUCCGACGGCACUUGAAGGCAGCUUUUGGUCCCUGCAGAUGGAGUAGAUGUAGCAGAUUCAAACACUGAUUUUUCUGCCUUGAAAAGCCAUAUAAAAGCCUGUAUUUUUUAGCAAACGCGGACUAAUGCAGCGCUCCAGAUUUUUUAAGUCGAGGAAAAAUCAUUCAGUCGGCUUCCCAGCUCUCAGUGGUCACUGUACCCCACCCCCCUCCCUGAAUUCAUGAGAACCACGUUGCUGUUUACCCCACUUUUUGACUUGGGUCUUCCAUUUUAAGGUGGCAGUGUGCUACUGCUGUGUUUUGAGCACAGAUAUUUAUUAUCAGAAACAGUACUGUACUGGGUUAUUCUAAUAUUUCUUGAUACUGUAUCCAGUUGGGAUGCACUGAGACAUUUCUUUGCAUGUUUAUCAACUUUGAAUGCUGUUGAGACACAUUUGUACUUUUUCAACUAAGGAACUACAAAAGAGGUGACUAUUUGUCUAUAUAAGAAUCAUCUUGGAUAAUAUGCUGUACUUAUCCAGAGUUAUUUAUUCAAGGGUGUUUGCAGGUCCUGAGAAUAUUACGCAAACUCAAGGUCCUGAAUACGGCUACAUAUAGCAGUUUGUGUGGUUGCGGGUUGCUGGAGCAUUGUAUUUAAAAUGAUAAUCAUCUCAUAUGCAGACCUAUAUUCUUUUGAGUCUGUGGUUAAUCAUUUUCAGUUUUUUUCAAACUGCAAAAUUGGCACUGUAUUUCAUUUUAACAGAUGUUAAGAGUCUUAUUUUUCACUCGAUGAAACUUGCAAACGGUUUGCAUUCAGCAUAUUUCCCUUCAUUGUUAUUCUCACUGAUUUCAUUUGUUUACGAGGUUAUGGGAGCGUAGUGUGGUGUGUUUUAGACAAAUCCGCAGGCUGCAUACUGAAGAAAGGGGACUGUCUCUGCACGCAAUGCAAUUAUUUUCUUAUCUCAGGUGCAAGGGAAAUGUGUGUGUAAACCCUACUCUUGAAAAUAAGUCCUUUCCUGCAGUCUGCACUAUAUACUGCAUUUAGGUUUUAUUGUCUGUGCCGUAGUCCUGACAGAUUCAGUUCAUCAUGUACCAUCCAUGUUCUUUGGUAAAUAUAUCAUGUCGUGCCACAAGGUUGAGCACCAGAGCAUCACAGUAAAGCAUGACUGGAAUGCAUUUGCUGCAUGUGAGAAGUGGACUACCCUCUGAUCCUGAAAGCCGGCCUGUAGCAGGACUGCCUUUGUGUCCUCGUCCCAGUGCCUUGUUCUGACCCUGCAUGAACUAGUUUAGCACACGGCCCACCCUCACCUCCACCCCAGCCAUGACAACAAGUUGGACUCUUUUGUCCUCACCCCCAGCACGGCCAAAAGACCAACAGUUUCUGUGCCCCAGACCUAAAAGGACUCCACUCCUCCCCCUCUUAGCUGUUCUGUAGGACAGUAGUGGUGCUAUCUUCCUCUCAUUGUUACUGAGUGCUGGAUACUGGCUGGAUGCUCCACAUGCUAACUGUUAGCCUGCUGCACCACUACUGUCCUACAUAACAGCUAGGUGGGGAGUGAAAUAACAUCACACGUUUAAUAUAAAAUGGGCAAACUAUCCCUGUAAACAUGAAAUAAAACAGUGCAGGCAUGCUUUUCGUAAAGCCAGCCAUAUUGUGUCACCAAAGAGUACAGGACAUUUAAAGACACUGCAACACUCCCAUAGAUCCUGAAAGAAACACUCUACACAUAGUUGAUUAAUCUUGACUGGUUUAGCCAUAGCUGGAUAAUGAACAAGGUGUUUUCCCAAUUACCAGAGCAAUGGAUUGAUAAAUCUGACCCAGUUAGAUUCCCCUCAGUUGUCAAAUCUACCUUGGCAAAUUGCAAAGAUCAUCUCACUUUUUACUCAAGUUGUUUUACAGUUAGGUCCAUAAGUAUUUGGACAGUAACACAAUAUUCAUAAUUUUCCCCUUGUUCACCACCACAGUGGAUUUCAAAUGGAGUAAUCAAGAUGGUAUUGAAGUGCAGACUUUCAGCUUUAAUUUAAGGGGAUGAACAAAAAUGUGGCAUUAAACGUUUAGGAAUUAGAGCCAGUUUUACACAUUGUCACUCCAUUUUCAAAUCCACUGUGCUGGUGUACAAGGACUAAAUUAUAAAUGUUGUGUCACUGUCCAAAUACUCAUGGACCUAACUGUAUCAGUACAGGUGUAUGCUGUAAGAACGUGAGUGUUUACAUCCUUGUAGGGUUUUGUACAAGGCGAGCAUUAAGAAGCGGUCAGUUCAGCUCCAGUUUUCCAAGAAAGCUAGAGAUAGAUUGGAAUUGAUCAACCAGUAAAUUUAACAACAUGCUCUGAAGUUACCAUCAUGCCCUGCGAUACUCAAGAGAAUCCAUUUCCUUUUUCAAGCUUUCAGCCCAACACUGACAUUCCCAUGGUUUUGUCCAGAUGAGAUCCUGUAGCCCAGUACGUCAACAAUAAAAAGGUUUCACUUCUUACAACAAUCCCGGUACUUCCACAAAAUUACCUCAUCUCUUUGUGUGUCAGGAAAAUGUGUGGUGCAGAAUUUAAGAUGAUCACUUCUGACUUAUAUAUUUGCCUAAUUCCUGGAUCUGAUAAUGCAGCAAUACUUUUGUGAAUGAAAAAUAUGCAAUGACUAACUAAAAUAAAGUAUAUAUUGUGAUCUGUC